GGCUCUUUUAGCCACUGAUUUUCUAGGGCUCCUGUCGGCUGUCGCUCCUCGAAGUCGAAGGUUAAGAUUUGGGUUUGUGUUUGUGAGAUUAGCGCCGAAAAGAUUACAGGUGAAGUAACUCAUCAUUUGUUUCCUUCCGGCCGGAGUAGCUAGCUUGUUGGCAAUCAAUUCCUUAGCGAAACCCUUUUUCUGUGGCAAAUGGGGUAAAAAAAACCCCGUCAUUUUCGAUUCAAAAAUAGGAUAAGAUUUGGGUUUGUGUUUGUGAGAUUAGCUUCAGUUUCAUCAGGAUUUGCGCCGAAAAGAUUACAAUCAGCUUGAUCUAUCUUUUGGGAGAUUGGAUUGCGAGUUUGAUUGGGGCAGAAUUUGCGCUUUAUUGCUAGAGAGCCAACCCGGUCCCUUUUCAACUUGUGCACCUUCUCUAAAAUAGGAUAAGAUUUGGGUUUGUGUUUGUGAGAUUAGCCUCAGUUUCAUCAGGAGUAGCACCAAAAAGAUUACAAGUUAAGGAAAAUAUGAGAAGAAUCAAACAUUGUUGAUUUUUGUCGAACAAUUAUGAACCACUUUUUUUGCUUUGCAUUGAGACUGAUUUUGAAGAAAUGCAAUCAUUUUGCGGGGGUAUUCGAUUAGUUAGAAGACACAACAUUAACAGCUCAAAGAUUGUUGAUUUUAUAUCAACUAGGAAAUUUCCAGCAAGCAGAUGUUCUGAUCUUGGCAUUUCAAAUGGAGUUGGUGCUUUCAAUUUUGUUGGGACUUCAAUGGAUUAUUCGAAGGAUUGCCUCUUCCGGUCGCUGCCCAAGUUCACUUCUCGGUCUUUGGUGGAACUGACUAAAUCUGGCAUCCAAAUGGACUUGUUGACAUCGUCUAACAAUGGUAGUAUACCUUGGGUAGCACCAGUACACAGGGCUACUAGGACAAGUUUGUUUCACCAGUCUGCAGCUGUACAAACUCUACCCAGCAGGUGCAUUUCAACUAUGCAUGAUUCAGUCAAAUCUGUUGCAGAAGAUACUUCAGCUCCCAUCUCUGAUAUUUCUCCACGCAUCAAAUUUAAGAGGCUUGAUAAAACAGCCAGGCACAUAAUGCAGAUUCUUGAUAAGGAAGCAGUGGUGGAAGUGAGAAAACAAAAAGAGAUACCUGAUAUAAGGCCUGGUUAUAUCGUCCAGCUCAAAGUGGAAGCCCCUAUGAAUAAAAGGCGUGUUUCAAUAUUCAAAGGCACUAUCAUAGCAAUGCGCAAUGCAGGUCUAAAUUCUACAUUUAGAUUGAGGCGGCUGGUGGCAGGAGUUGGUGUUGAAUCUCUCUUCCCAUUGUACUCCCCUAACAUAAAGGAGAUAAAGGUGCUGGAGAAAAAGAGAGUAAGGAGGGCCAAGCUUUACUAUCGCAGGAACAGUGUGAGUGAACGUAGAAAAUAAUAAUAGCCCAUAUGGUUACUAGGCGACCCAAAGAAGUUUAUUUUUAUCAAAUAGUUAGGGUUGGAUCGCAUUGGUGAGAAACUCUUUCCUUCAACUUACCCCCCGUUGGUUGAUCAAUUCUCAUUUGUCUAUCCUUUUUGUACUGCUUGGAUCAGUCGUGAUUGAAGCAAAAAGCUUGUCAAGCCAUGAACAUCACAUUAUGUUUCAUUCCAAAAUACUGCUGUUAAAUAAUUUUAUGAGCUGUGUAAUGAAAGAAGCUGUUGGUUUA